AUGUCCACGACAGGUCGCACUAGUUCUGCCUCCGCCUCUGCCUCUGCCUUUUCUACUGCUGUUACUUCUGCAUCAUCCUUUUCGACGACGACGACGAUACCAAGGCAACCUACUCUCUCUCUGGCGGAGUCACAGAACUACGGACAUACGGAUAACCACUACGGCGACGGCGAGCAUGGAACUCGCAACGGCAGCAGCAACUUGAUUCCGGAUAAUAGUAGGCUGGAUCCAAUUGCAGGGGGAAGGGGAAACGGCAACCCGCUCUCGUUGCAACUACAGCUGCAGCAGAUUCUCCUUCAGCAGACACAGCAGCGACAACUCGCCUGGCUCCAUCUAUGGCAGACCGACCGAGCAAAAGCCCUGGCCUCUGACCGAUUACAUGACCUGGAUCGACAGGAGCUUGGGCAGUGGUUGGUGUGGAAGAAGCGGGAGAAGGCUAGGCGACUUCGGGAGCUCAGACGGAAACGACUGGAGCUUGCUGCACGACGACGGAUGCAGCAGCAUCAGGGAAGAGAGGAAGCGCAGGUUGAUGGUCAGGGGAUGACGAGCUCUGGUUCUUCAACGCAACAACAUCGACCGCAGGAGGAAGAGGAUAUGGAGGGAGAUUUGAGGGGGAGGGAGAUCAGAAAUGCGACGUCGAGGACCCACAGCAGGACUUGGAGUGGAAGCGGACCUGUCAGGGGAGGUACUGAUACUAUUAAUGGAGGAGGAGGAGCAUCAAGGAGGAGGAGGGCACGAACCACAACAAAUAUGCUGACAAGCGAUGAGGAUGACGACGACGACGACGACGACGAAGGUGGUUCUUCAGACGAUAGUGACAGUGAGGAUGAUGUCGUUGGGCCAAUGGACUUUGAUUCCGACGACGGGGUCCUCCUGAGCGACAGUAGCGAUUAUGAAGCCUCAGAUGACGAGACGCCCCUGAUGAAACUGGUCUCUACAUUCGACGCCCUCCACGCUUGGAUCUCGACCUCCUCUGCGUCUGCCCUUUCUGCCCUUCAGGAUGCUGCUACCUUUCCUGUUUCCGUCACCAACUACAACUACAACUACAACUACAACAGCGACAACCUACUCGACUACCAUUUAGUGGGGCCUUUGCACGGAUUCGACGUCGACAAGCGACCAUGGGGUGUCGAAGGCGGUUGGCAGAGAUACGACCUAGGGAUGGACUACCAGCUUCCUUACCACUCAGGACCUGCGGUCAAUGGAUUCAAGUCAUCAACCUCCAGCAGGAAAUGCCAUACCACCAGCGGGCGCGGCUUCGGAACCGGAGAGACUUCUAUCGAGACGGGACUUUGUCAACGACUGGACUGUCAAAACGAUCAUGGACCAUUGCCCCGGUCUUUGCAAAUUGACCCUUUCAGAGUUCCCCUUCGUCUCGAAUCCCUAGACUUUGCAGGCUGCUACCAAAUCUCCGACAAGGGCCUCACCCCACUCCUAAAACAAUGCGGAUCACAUCUUCUCCAACUCCGAGUCUCGGACUGCGACAACAUCACCUCCGCGUCUGUCGUGGCCCUAGCGAAUCAUUGUCCGAAUACAGAGUGGCUGGAUCUUUGUAGGACGGGGGCUUUGACGGAAGAGUGUUUAAUUUUGUUGGCGGAGCGGUGUACGGAUCUCGAGUGGUUGAAUCUUGCCAGGGCUAGUCCAGGAGUUUUGGAGUCGUCUUUGGAGGACGGUCUUGGCGGUGGCGGCGCUGAGGGUGAUAACACCAACAACAGCGGCACUGGUGGAGGUAUCAACAGCGACAUUAACGGCGAGGCAGAGAUCGAACAGGACCACGACGAGGAAGUCAUUGACGUGGAUAAUGAAAAGACACCUGUUCCCUCGGAUGGCAACCGACUUGUCAAAGAGGAAACCAGCACCGAAACGGAGAACCAGCACCAAGACCAGGAGGAGGAGGAGGAGGAGGAGGAGGAAAAGGUCAAGGAAGACUCCAUCACAGACAGAGCCCUAGCGCUCCUAUGCGAAUCCUGUCCAAACCUCCAACUCCUCGACCUCUCCUACAUCUCAACAAUCUCCAACACCGCCAUGGAAUCGCUCUCCGAGACCGCAAAGUCCUUGGUCUGCCUGACCAUUAUCGGUUGCCCCGGGAUCACGAGCCAGUCUCUGUUGUAUUUGGCACGAUUGAGGAACAGUAGCGGCAAAUUGGGGUGUAUUACCAUGGGCGACGCGUUAGGGAUCUCGGAGAGGGAUAUUGAGCAGAUUAUGCAGGGGAUGUUGAGUGGGUGGCAAAAGUCGUUGGUCGAUGAGACGAAUCUGGGAGAAAUCCUUGGGCGCAGCUGGGACGAGUAG